UUCGUCACGAUCACGCGUAUGGACUGAUUUUCCAAGUUUUGAAAUUCGAAUUCCAUUUUCGAAGUUAUAAAAUUACGUUUCCAUUGGACACUUGGAACAGAGGUUCUAUAUUGAAUUCGAUUUAAUUAAAAAUCUUACCCAAAAUUGUAUUCUAUUUUUACAUACAUUGUUUUCUACUGUGAAGUGUGGUGUAGUGACUAAAGACUUUUAUGUAAUGAAUGUUAUUUUAGAGGUUUUGAGAAUCUUCAUCUGAAUAAGGAACAUUGGCGCCAUCAUGCCGCACACUGGCCAGGCGGGUGUCAACCAGCUGGGAGGUGUUUUUGUCAACGGCCGGCCCCUCCCUGACAUGGUACGAAAGAGAAUCGUGGAGCUGGCCAUACUUGGUGUACGACCCUGUGACAUCAGUCGACAGCUACUUGUCUCUCAUGGCUGCGUCUCCAAGAUCUUAACCAGGUUCUACGAGACCGGGUCUAUUAGACCUGGUUCUAUCGGCGGGAGUAAGACGAAGCAAGUGGCAACACCGACCGUCGUGAAAAAGAUACUGCGUCUCAAGCAAGAAAACCCUGGUAUGUUUGCGUGGGAAAUUCGCGAAAGACUUCUCAGCGCGAGAGUGUGCGAGCCGCAUUCCAUACCAUCGGUGUCUUCUGUUAAUCGGAUUUUGAGGAACAGUGGCCUGGCUUGGAGUGACGAUGAACCUAGGAACCCUCAUGAAACCUACGCACAACCAGAAAUAACACAAAACAUGAUGGACUACAUGAAGAAUAUGCCCCAUGCUCUACCGCAGCAAACACCUUACUUCCCUCACACCGCAGUAAGAGUUCCACCACCGCAAACUGAUUACGACAGGCGUCUAGCUACCACUUGGCUUCUGGCCAAUCAGCAGGCGCAACUACUCAAGCCAUACCCUAUAUCCCCCUGGCAGAGAGUCAUGAUGCCCUACCCAGACACUAAAACCUUCUCCCCCUACUCUCUAAAUAUUCAAGAAAGGCCAGACGAAGUCAAAUCUGAAACGUCAGAACAAAUAUCAGUCGAAGCCAGUGAUGACAGCACUGAUAGGCCUGACACCGACGACCAAGAAUCAAAAGUUAAGGAGAAAAAGAAAAAUCCAUAUUCUAUCGAGGAGCUCCUUAAAAAACCAGAUAAAAUUGUCAAUACUAAUCCUAUAGGGUUCCAGAAUUUUCUUCGGCAACCGAGCGGUAGUUUUAUAGAGUGCGAGAAGACCUUAAGCAAUCGAAGCUCGCCGGCAAGUUAUUGCUCUGUUCAAAGUGGAGGUUCGAUUGAUUGCUCUGUGGAAUCGAGUUCCGAAAAGAACUAGUCGAUGUUGCCAGUUGUAAAAUCUCUUGGACAUUAAAUUUUUAACCUAAAGACAUUGAGUGUAGCCAUAUUAAAUAUGUAUCUUUGCCAUAAUUUAUGCGUUCAUUAGCAUUGUGUAGCUAUAAAAAAUAUUUAGGUAAUUUAUUUAUAUGUAACUUAUUAUUAUUUUAUUUAUAAGAAAGUUUUUAAUGUAUGUUAGUCUAGUUUUAGAGAUUAUUAGUAUAUCUGUAAAUACUUCUAAGAGUUUAAUCAUAAUACUGGUUAAAUGUUAAGUACUGUAACAAAAUAUUGAAAAUAAAAGUGAUUAAUAAACAUUCCAAUAUUUAAAUAUAAUGAAAUGUUGACGACUGAAAUAAUAUACAGAUAAAUAAUGAUUGCAGUAUGUAUUGUAACUAUGUAUUUUAACACACUUAAAAAAACUGUUUCGUGUUUCUUUGAUAACCUAUUUUGCAUAACGUCAACGUUACUUUUGUAAUAAAUACAUGAAACACUAAUCAAUAAUUAUUAUCUUCUGUAUAAAAAUCGUAUGUACAUAAUACAAUUAGGUGUAUAAAUAUAUUUUAG